AACCAACAAUAAAGACAAAUGACGUUACGCAAACAGGGACUACAACAGAGGGAGAAACCCCAAGUCGGAGGAGUUGUUGAACACUUGAACCAGCCAGUUCAAAAAACACAAAAGCUCCCAAAAUAGUAGGUAUCAAAUUUUUUUUUUUUAAAGAUUGUCCUAAAUGGAACCCACAGUGUCAUCACCACCACCACCACCACCAACUCCUCCACUUCCAGCGGUUUUGCCCAAACCCAGUGAUCUCUCCCCACAUCAGUUGGAGUUUCUCGACCAACAUUUCCGAACCCACCAAGAUCUCCUCUCCAAAACUCCCCAUCUCUUCUCAUCACUCGACAAACGCUGCUCUGAUCUCGACACCCAUCUACUCUCCCUCGGGACAAGCCUCACCAAACGCGCCGUUUCAUGGAUCUCUCGUUCCUUCGCUGCCAAAACCUCCCUUCACAAUCUCAAUCUCAAACUGCACAACCUCAACCUCCGCACUGUUCCACAAGAUGGGUUUGGUUCGAAGAUACUGGGUGAAGAGUUGCCUCUGGCUUUACUUGCUAAGCAAGUCAGGCAAAUUGAGAGUAUUCGCAAUUAUAUUGAAACUGCUCUACGGUUGGAAGCUCUGGUUGGGGAUCUUGAAGAUGCUGUUUUCUGUGUUGUGAAUCGCCACUCUGGGUUCCUCUUCUCAGCAAAGGUUUUAAAGUCAUCAAUUGCUACUGACUCUGGACCAAAGCAAGAAAAGUUGCUUCAAGCCAUAAAAGCCAUGAAUGAUAUUGAAGAAGCAUUAGUAAAUGUUGUGAAGUUCCACCCUCAGUGGCGUAAUCUUUUGAUAUCUGUUGAUAAUAGGGUAGAUAAAAUUUUGGCGGUUAUUAGGCCACAAGUUUUUGCCGAUCACCGAGCUCUUCUUGGUUCUCUUGGAUGGCCACCAAAACUUUUAACAUCUAAAAUUGAAAGCGGACAAAUAUCUGGCCUCCCUAACCCUCUAGUUUUGAUGCAAGGUGACAAAAGAGAGAGAUAUUCUCAUAGCUUUAUAGCUCUUUGUGCUUUGCAGCAUCUGCAGAAACGGAGGGAAGAACGACAGCGUAAUCUUUUUGGGAAAAAGGAGUACAGUAUGCAGCUUUGGGCUAUUGAUGAACUGGUAUCUCCUAUUGCAUCACGGAUGGAAUACCACUUCUCAAAAUGGGCUGAUCAGCCUGAGUUUAUUUUUGCUCUUAUGUAUAAAAUUACUAGGGAUUUUAUCGUUGGAGUGGAUGAUGUGUUGCAACCUUUGAUUGAUAGAGCAAGACUGGUAAGUUGUAGUGCUAGAGAAGCUUGGGUGUCUGCAAUGAUCCAAAUGCUGUCUGCCUUUUUAGCAAAGAGAUUUUUCUCUGGUCUUGCUGAAAGAUACAAAGAAAAACAUAUGACAUCUGAAGUUAUGACUUCAUGGCUUCAUCUGAUGGACCUUAUAAUUGCUUUUGACAAACAGAUGCAAUUGCUUGUAAAUUUGGAAACUGGUCUCUUCCUGGCAGAGUCUGAAAGGUUUGAAGGCCUUUCAAGAGGCAUAUCAGUAUUAAUGAUAUUCCAUGAUAGGCCUGAUUGGCUCAAGAUUUGGGCAAAGAUGGAGCUCAAGGAUGCUUGUAAGAAACUAAAGGCAGAAGUGAAAGAUGAGAGAGCUUGGAUAGUUGAUAAUAAACAUGGAUUGGCAACAUACACUGAGCAAUAUGUUCUUUCUACUAGAGAAGAUCAUAAAGCUCCGUUCAUUGCAGAAUCCGCCCUUAAAAUUUCCUGGGAAUUGAUUGAACGAUGCCGAACUAUGCCAGCCACAUUACUACGCCUACGAUUUAUCAGAUCAACUGCAGUCAAAUUCCUCUGGUACUUUUUUGAAGUACUGCUUUUCCGCUUCAAGGGAACCGAAUUCUCUCCUGACAAUUAUGAUGAUGGUGCAUUGAUCAGAUUAUGUGGACUGAUUAAUGCUGCCAGGUAUGUUGAUUCUAAACUGCAAGAAUGGAGUGAUGAUGUGGACUUUCUUGAGAUGAGAAUUGCUGAAAUUGAUUCCAACCUCCAUAACAAAGAUGAAGGUAUUGACUGGGGGUGCUUUUUUGGAGAAGAAAUAAAAAAUUUGUCUGAACUCGAGACCAAUUGGCUUAUGGAGAUAAUUGCUGUUAUUCUUCGUGCAUUUGAAAAUCUUUCAUGGGAAUAUGUCCAAAAUAAGGAACAUUUUGAGGAAGAGCAAGAAGUUUUGUCUCCAGUUAGAUUAUCAGCAACCAUGGAUCUAGUUGUAUGCACUGAUUUUGUUGAAGCAUUAGAUGUUCUAAGAAGUCAGCUUCAAGUUUUGAAGACAAGCCUCAAUCCAAAAGACUUCUUGGAUUUAUGGAGAAGUGUUGCUGAAGGACUUGACCAUUUCAUUUCUUGCAGCAUUCUCUCAAGUGAGAUUCACUUUUCUGACAGGGGGGUCGGUCAGUUUGAAACUGAUAUGCAAGCAUUGUUUUGUAUUUUUCAGCCUUUUUGUGCUCGGCCCCAAGCGUUUUUCCCUUGUAUUAAAGAGACUCUUAAGCUUUUAAAAUUGAAGAAGGAAGAGGUUAAGCAUUUGCAAGUAGUUUUAUCCACCGGAGAAAAUGGAAUAAAAUACUUGCAUCUUUCUGGAAUUUCUCAAAUACCUUUUGAUCAAGUUGAUAGAGUUUUGAGGAACAGGAAGUUUGGAACUUGAUAUUUACUAUGGUAGCAGAUAGGAUUUUUAAAAUAAUUUUAAUUUUCUCACUUGCAGCUGGUUGUAGUUGAAAUAGAAUGGUACUUUCUUUUUGUAAUUAUUUAAUCUAAUUUAGCUGGCUCUUUGAAGGCAACUGAAUGAAAUGCUACACAGAAGAGAUUACAGU